GGGGCCCCAUUUUUGUGCUCAUCUGCCUCCUUGGCAAUAUAAAGAGCAAGCACUGAGGCCCCGCCUCAGAGCACCCCAAACUUGAUGCCAUGAAGAUCCCGGUCCUUCCUGCCGUGGUGCUCCUCUCCCUCCUGGUGCUCCACUCUGCCCAGGGAGCUACCCUAGGUGGUCCUGAGGAAGAAAGCACCAUUGAGAAUUAUGCGUCGCGACCCGAGGCCUUUAACACCCCGUUUCUGAACAUCGACAAAUUGCGAUCUGCUUUUAAGGCUGAUGAGUUCCUGAACUGGCACGCCCUCUUUGAGUCUAUCAAAAGGAAACUUCCUUUCCUCAACUGGGAUGCCUUUCCUAAGCUGAAAGGACUGAGGAGCGCAACUCCUGAUGCCCAGUGACCAUGACCUCCACUGGAAGAGGGGGCUAGUGUGAGCGCUGAUUCUCAACCUACCAUAACUCUUUCCUGGCUCAGGAACUCCAAUAAAACAUUUUCCAUCCAACA